AUGGAAAAGUAUAGGGCAACCCCCAGCAUUUGCGAGUUCUCACAGAGCUAUAAUACGUCUCCUCAACAUUCUAUAAACACAACUAUCUCUCAGAUGCAAAAAUCUAAAUUCUAUAACAUGUUUCUCCGUGAAAGGAACAGGUACCAGCUAAGAGAUAGCUCGAAAGAAGCAUCACAAAGGCUUCGCCAGAUUAGUAAUGAAAGAAUCAAGCAAUCUAUCUCGAUAAGAAGAUCAUGAGAGUUUAUUCCUAAAGAGCUUGUAGUAGAUCUCAAGCAGUCAGACCUCAAGCUACGAAAUAAUAAGUUACCUGACUUCAAAUAAGUUCAAGGGGAAGGAGGGGUUCAAGCUUGCUCUGAAGAAGUACACUUCUAUUCCCACAAAUCUUGCUAAUUGAAGAGUAACCAUCGAUAGCCCAGCUAACUUUCCGAGUUAUAAUGACCUUAAAAAAGUUAAAAUUAAGAAAAAGAAAGAAUCAAUCAAUGGAUAUAAUCUGAAGAAAAAGAUUCAUCAGAAGAUCACUAAGAGUCUGAAGGAGAGGAACUCUGUCAGAAAGUCCCUCCGAACAGAAAGUAAAAAGCUGACCAAAAUUAUCGAGAGGAAACCUGAACAAAGAAAAAAUUUAGAACAAAAGAUAAAUGAUCAGAGGCCUCCUUCAAUGCUUAACUUUAUACCCGGAAUUGGGUCUCCUUCUGAGCCAAAGUUACCACCAACAAGAAGGGUAGACCUGACUGUCCAACUACCAAUCCUGCCUUCACCAGUUUCAGAAUCACCAAUAGGCACUCCGUUGCCAACCAAAAUUUUGAAAUUGGAUCGGAAGAAGAUGUCUCUCAAAAGAGACUUAAUUAAGAAAAAUAUUCUUGAAUUCAUCAAUAAGAAGAAGGACACCACUUUCAAUAAUCACAAAGCAGAGGCUUUGCUUGAAAACAAGAAAUUUGCUAAAGAGGUUCAUGUCAAGGAAAGACUGAAAUCGCAGGAUAUCAGUGAAAGUCUUAAGAAGAAACAAAAAUCCAAACAAAACUAUAGGAGAUUUAGCAUUCUAGGAAAAGACUCAGAGAAGAGUAGAGAGGAGGCACCCUUUGUUCAGGCACAUUCAAAGCCAUUGCAGAAAAUCAAAAAGCCUGCUCCUAAAAAGAUAUCUUCAAAUCCAGCCCAAAACUCCCAAGAAAAGACUUCUAAACCAGCUUCAAACCCUUCACUAACCAAAAAGAAAGCGGUGAAAAUUUCUUGAAAAUCCAAAAGACCAAAAGAAGCCACUAUCCCUCCAGACUCUUGAGGAGCAUUGAUAACCCCUAAGACCAUAAUUAAACUCCCAAAAAUAGAGUACGAUCAGAUGGUUGAUUCGGACAUUGACAAAUGGAGUGUUUCUGAAUAUUCACCCACUGGGUUUUACUGCUAAAAAUUCAAGUAAUCUUGGUGAGCGAG